UGGCAGCACCACGAGUCUCUCUCCUCGCGCCAUCUCUCCUCCUCCCUCGCCUCCCUGCACCGCUACUUCGACUACAGUGCGGGCGUGACAGCGGUGGGUAGUCGCCCGGCGUCGGAGUGGUGGGCGGGGCGAUUCCAGGCGGGGCUGCUGGUGGAGGGCGCCAUGCACGCACGAUACGGGCACACACAGCACGCCAUGGGGGCUUUGAUCGAGACAGUGCACAUGGCGCAGCAGGAGACUGAUGACGUGUGCCUGGUGCAUGCCCUGUCAGCCAUCUGUCACCUCCUAUCGCAGACUGCCUCGUCAGACGCCCGUCGACAGCUGGCGGCGCUGGGAGCGCCCAGCUCGCUGCAGCAGCCCACGCGGCUGGAGGGGGGACAGCAGGUGUGCGCGUUGCUGCAGCGCUGCCUGCUGCGCGGUGCCCAGCUGCGACUGCCGCGCCUCGUCUUCGCCAUCCACCUGCUGCUCGCCCGCUACAGUGUCGAGCACGUAUCGGGCGUGAGGCCACUGCAUGGCACCACCUCCCUCUCCCUCCCCCCCUCCGACGUCACCCCAUCGCCGCUCCUUGUCUGCCACCACCUGCGCAUGGGAGCACACCUCUUCAACCACUCCUGCACCUCCGCCAUCCUCCUUCCCUCCGCCCUCUCCCCGCUUUCCUUCCCCCCCUCCGCCCCCCUCUCCCUCGCCGCGCUGCGCCUGGCCUCCUCCUCCUCCUCGUCUGCCGUGGCGGCAGCAGCGGCCGCCCUGAGCCUCACGUCCAGCCUCGCCCUCUCCGCGCCGCUCUCCUCCGCCUCCACCGCCGCGGGGCUCUUCUCCUCCGCCCAGACCAUGCCCACCCCACAAGCCGCAGCCUCCGCAGCCCCAGCGGCAGCGGCGGCAGCAGCGGCAGGGAGGCUGGCCCCCCCGCCCGCUGCAGUGGUGCGGCUGGCAGGGGCGGCGCAUGGCGUGCGGGCUGCCGCAUGGGAGGUGUAUGGGUGCCGGAGCCUCGGCCUUCGUUCGAAGGAGAGAGACCGAGUGGUGCGGCUGGCAGGGGCGGCGCAUGGCGUGCGGGCUGCCGCAUGGGAGGUGUAUGGGUGCCCCUCUAUGGCCAUGGCCAGCUCAGCACUGCAUCUUCUCUGCUACUCCGAUGCUGCCACGGCUGACGACCUUGCAGCGGCAGCAGUCAAGCUGCUGCGACACACAGCUGCACACCGUGGCGCCUCAGUGGCCCUUCCUCUCCUGCAUCGUCUGCAGCAGCAUCCGCUGCUCUCCUCCUCCCCCACCCUCCGCAUUGCUGAGCUGGAGAUAACUCACGACCUCUGCCUCGCCACUGGCCGCACGUCCCGCGCGCUGCUCGUGUGCCAGCAGCUGGCCACCAUUGCCACGCGCCACGGCCCCUCGCCCGCAGGCGGAGGGGCGGGCGGCACGGAGGUGGAUUUGGAGUUGGAGGCCGCAUGCCGCCACGUGCACACCCUCAUUGCCGCCACGUGCUUUCCUCAGGCGGCAGCGGCAGCCAAGGCUCUGUUUACAGCGUGCUGCCGCCACAACCGCCAGCUCUACCACGUGCGAUGCCUGCUGCUCAUGGCUCUGCUGCACCUGAGAGCCGGCUCUCCCCUAUCCGCCCUGCCGCACGCCCUCACAUGCGCCUCCCUCGCAAGCCACUUGCACCUGCUGCACCUCGCAGCCGCCGCCACCCUCACUGCUGCCGAGGCCACCCUCGCCCUGGCGCCCACCGGCGGGGGCAGCGCUGGUGGCAGUGGUGGUGGCAGCAGCAGUGGAGGGGGUGAGAGCAGCAGCGGGCAGCAUGCGGCGCACGCACUGUCGCUGCUGGAUGGGGUGUGCCUCCCGGUGCUGCUGGGCCAAUCAGGACUCACCAUGAGAUGCCGCACCCUCAUGUUCAUUGCUCAGUGCCAGCUCAGCAUCCACUCAGAUGCAGUGCAUGCGUGUGUGCCUCGAGUGCUGCCGCUGCUGGAAGAAGCCGCCCACGGCUUCCACACCAUGCAGGAGCUAUCGCUGGAGGGCGAGGCGAGCUACCUGCUGGCCAUGCUGCACCACGUGGCGGAGCAGCCUGCCCGCCGCGAUGCUGCGGCGCGUCGCUUCCUCCACACCACGCACGCGCUCGCCGCUGCUGCCAGCAGCCACAGCCCGCUGGAGAUGCUGCCGUGAUGGGCGUGGGGAACUGGAACCGUGCUUGGUUUUGCUGCAAGGCUGAUAUGGUGGUUGUAAAAAAUUGACGAGAUUGCCAUCAGCUUAGAAGUUGGACGGAGCAUGGUCCUUGCGAGCAUGGUGCAAGGUGUUGUACUCUAUACAAUCUGUACCCUACCAAGGCUACAGUUCAUAUAUGCUAACACAUACCGUAAUACCCCGUAUAUAGUACCCUAUGGUGGUAAUAAAAAUUCAUCUAUUUCGAGGUGGGUAUAUACGAAGGCCAUUU